AUGGCGCCCAUUCUCACCUCCAACCCGUCCGUCACCCUCAUCCCCGAGCCUCUCACACCAGUAAACUUCGCGCCAUUCGGGACAGCCAUCUGCUCGCCACUGCCCCGCGAGAUCAGUAUCGCCCCUCAACCUUCCUCGCUGCCCCCACACGACCCAACACCGGUCCUAGCAAACCAAAACUCGGCGUUGAAAUACAGCCCCGUCUCCCCACUUAUCGACCGUUACACUCAUAGCUGUCCAAGUGGGAAACCAGCCUCCGCAAGGAUGACAAUGUUCUGCUGCUUCCCGCGCAAAUUGCGUACGAUUACCGCCAGACAGCAGCCCGACAAGGAAGUGUUCGAUGUGCGCAUUCUCGAGCGCCACCCCUUCACCAACCAGACCUUUAUUCCUACCGAUCUGUCCAGCCAUUCGAAGGUUGGGGAUGGUGAAGAAGAGCCGAUUUUCGUGGUGGUUGUUGCACCGACACUGAAGGGCGAGGUUGCAACUGCGAAGAAUGAUGCUGGCGAGACCGUGGCAAUCCAUGACCCGCCUGAUCUACGGAAUGUCAAGGCUUUUAUCGCGCGGGGUGGGCAAGCUGUUACAUAUGGUGUUGGCACGUGGCAUGCGCCAAUGGUUGUUCUGGGCCCUCGACGGGUUGACUUCGUUGUUGUGCAACAUGUGAAUGGCGUGGAUGAUGAGGAUUGCCAGGAAGCCGCCUUUGGAGAGGGCGUCGUUGUUGACCUGGGUGGUAAGGGUCAGUAUGGUCGACAGGAAAAGAAUCCUGCCCGACUCUGGGCGGCAAAGCUUUGA